UUUGAUCUUCAUCAUGGCACCGCAGAAACAACUGCCUACCAUCAAGGCAUGCCUCUUCGACAUGGACGGUCUUUUGAUCGAUUCCGAAGACAAAUAUACCAUAUGCACCAACGAAGUUCUCAAUGAAUACGGCAGACCUAACCUCCCAUGGCACAUUAAAGCCCAACUCCAAGGCCGACCAGGACCUACAGCCGGCAAAAUCCUCUUCGACUGGGCCCAACUCCCCAUAACCCCCGAAGAAUACCUCGUCAAAAUCUCCUCUCGCCAACAACAACAUUUCCGCACCUGCGCCCCUCUCCCCGGCGUAAUCAACCUCCUCCAAACCCUCAAACACCGCAGCAGCAGCAGCCCAUCAUCGACAUCAACAUCACCACCGCGUCGUAUAGAACUCGCACUAGCAACAUCCAGCCACUCAGCAAAUUUCCACCUCAAAACCGCCCAUCUCGAAUCCAGUGUAUUCAGCGUCUUUGAUCCUCUCCAUCGUGUCCUAGGAGAUGAUUCACGAAUCGGAAAAGGUCGAGGGAAACCUUUGCCGGAUAUUUGGUUGGUGGCUCUGAAAACGAUUAAUGAUCGGUUAGAGCAAGAGGGAGAAUACGAGAAGAUCAAACCAGAAGAGUGUUUGGUAUUUGAGGAUUCGGUGCCUGGGACGGAAAGUGCGCGGAGAGCGGGGAUGCAGGUGGUGUGGUGUCCGCAUCCGGGACUGUUGAAGGAAUUUGAGGGGAGGGAGGAGAGGGUUUUGGCAGGGUUGAUGGGGCAGUAUCAGGAAGAAGAAGAGCAGGAGCAGGAGUUGGGUGGGAAGAAGGAUGAGAGCGGGAUUGUGAGACAGAGUGGGAAACCGGGGGAGAUUGGAGAUGGGUGGGGGAGGCUGUUGUUGAGUUUGGAGGAUUUUCCUUAUGCGGAAUAUGGAAUUGAAGUCAAGGAGGAGAGCCAGUUGUGAGUUUACUACCUACGAUAUCGGACAGUAAAGCUGGAUAAGAUGAAAGGAGGAGAAACGUGUAGACGGAGAAGCAAACGUCAUAUCAUAUGCUUUCCAUACUGGCUGACGGCCAGUCAGUCUACUAUGCCUAGCAGAGAACCCCCCCAAAAAAGGAAAACGCUGUUUGCUUCUAGACCCACCACCCAUCGUGGUGUAUCAAAUGCAUAGUAGUAGUAGCCAUUGACUCAAAGAAACAUUUUCGCUCCAUCCCAGCCCGUUCAUAAUAGACAUACCCACCAUGCCGCGCCGCGCCAUACGAGAAAGACCUGAUGAUGCCCACCCAAUUCCAUUCCUUUUUACUCCCUCAUCUGCGCCCUCAAUCCAACAUUUUCCCUCUUCAGCCGACUCGUCUCUCUCCGCAACUUGAUAGCUUCCUCAUUCACCUCUCUCAACUUCCUCUUCAACUCCUCCACCCCAUCACCACCUCUCACCGCCUUCAACACCCGCGCCAGCUCGUCAUUGAAUCUCGUGUACAAGGCCUCAUUCUCCCCAUUAGCCUCCCGGUACAGCUCAUCCAGCUUCUUACAUUUCGUUUCCGAAACACUCAGUGAGCUGGUCAGAUCAUUCUGAAUCGUGCUGAUGCGAUUAUUGAGAUCUUCGAAUUGCUUCGGCAUGCCACCUUCCAGUUUAAUCACACGCUGUGCGAGGUCCAUGUUGGACGCAGUGUGCGAGAAGGAGCCACGUCCGGCCGCAGGGCCAAUGGUACGACUACCCCGGAGAGGUGUGGUGCGACUGGAGGGAGUAGAUGUGAGUUCGUCACCAAUCUUACUGAGCUCAUCUUGAAGCGAAAUUUGGGCAGCUGCGAUGACCGACUGUUCGUUUUGUAGACGCUCCCGAAGUUUCUGCGGUGAUUGCAUCCGUAGCUUUCGAGUGUGACUCGAGGGUGGCGCGUCGAUGGUCGUACUUCGCGCUCGGGUGACCUUGUCAGUCUGAUCCGAUGGUUUCUUCACGAUAUUGCCUGCGCCAGGACGCUCCGACAGUCCAGCUCGGCCUGGUGUCGUGGGACGAAACUUGGUCGGUGAUGCGGCACGGGGCAUCAGACUUGGAAUGUUGGAUGUUGGCCGUGCGGUAAUGACGACCUGAUCAGGGUGAUCACCACUUGUCUUCGGCCGAGGAAUAUCGGUACCAUCAGUCUUCGAUCGCCCCAGUUCAGGUCGGGGUAGUUGAGGUGGCUCGCCUGAGAGCGCUUUGCUUGGACCAGGUGACAAUUCUCUGCGGAACGAAGACGGCAAACGCGACCGCGGCGACUUCUGCAGCGGAGUGCAAAACCGACCCGUAUUUUCUCGAGAGGACGAGCCUGAGGGUGUCGAAAGUACUGGAGAGUCUGGCAAUUGCUUCUCUUCCAAGAUCUUCUGUGUCACUGGCUGCCUCCGUGGUGUGGUUGGACGCCCAGGGUCUCGAUUUGGUGAAAUCUCCCUGAGAUCGGAGAGCGAACUACGCCGUUUCUUUCGAGGAGGUCCCGUUGGAAGGAAGCUUGGAUGCUCACCAAUUGUAGACAGACCCAGGUUGUUGCUACUAGGUGUUCGCUGCAGGUUGGGCAAGCCGCCAAAUGAUGCUGUUGAAACCUUUGCGCUGUCUUGCGAGGGAGCUCUAUAUCCCAGACUCGCUGCGUCGGUAUCGAUGGAGCGCGAGCGACCAAGAGAAGCCUUGGAGAUGCUAUUUCCAGGACUCUGGUCAGCUCUCGUGCUCUUGCUGAGGGUCCGCCAUACCGAUGAAACCUUGGACUCCUGUUCGGACUUGCUGUUCUCCCUGGUUAACGUGCUGAAGCCAAACUUGCGACGCAGCGAAGACGUGUUGCUCGUCAGCGAAGCAGAAUUCGUGGAUCGGACUCUCUUGUGGGAGUUGAAAGAACCGCUGUCUUUGUAGCUCUGCACAAAACUAUUGUCGACAGGCUCGCCAAAGUAGGUAUCGGUAUCGUCAACGAAGCGGUCCAUGAGAGCAAUGUAAUCGUGCGGGUUGCCUUCGGUCACGAGGAGUUCGGCAAAACAUGCCGUGAGCGUGCCACGAUCGCCAUCAUUGCCAGUGCCAUCAAGCAAAUCCGCCAGAAGCUUCAGGAUUGCCUUGAAUGCUCGUUGGUUCUGAGGAGCAAGUGUGCCCAUACAGGACUUGAAGUACUCGUCGAAAUCGCUUGGGAACGCCGUCUCCGCUUUGGUCUGGAUAUCUUGCAGCACAGCAAAGGGCAUGACCUGUCCGAUGCGCUCUUUCCAAGCAUGGUUGAGAAACUUUUCGAACGCGGCGAAUAACACAUCCAGAGGUGCCUGAGCAGCAAGAACCAUCAUGUUGGGGUCAUCCAGAAGCCCGGUAUACAGCUCAUCCACGGACAUCUCGUCUGCAACGAGUCGCAGUUUGAGGUUCUUGCCCACAAUGUUCCCUUUGCGAGCUUGGAUCGCGAGUACGUAAGUGGACAGAGUAUCCUCCAGCUUCUUUAGCUGAUUUGCGGCCAGAUCGCUGGGCGGCGAGAAAGGCAUUUGACCCUCCUUGGAAGAAGGUCUGCCCUCUCGGCUGGAGGGCUUGUGUGAUGAGGCAUUGCUGGGGAGGCGUGGUAUGCUGGUCAUCGUAGGGGGUAGUGGCUUUUGGAGCAAGGUCGGCGGAUCAGAACCAGGACCAACGCUCGAAAGAAAACUGGAAAGGAGCUUUUUCGGCGAUUUGGGACGAUGUAUGCGCUCACGAGGGGCGAACUGCACUUGCCUCAGCUCACCAUUAUGAGCCGCAGUCUUGAGUUCGAUGGAUUGGAGGAUAUCCGCAUUACGCAGCAGCGUGCACGCCGCCAUCCCAGGCUGCUCCGCACUCAGGCGAGCACUGAGGAUAGUGGCAACCUUUCUUCGCAGAGCGGGUACCAGAUCUGGUGUGUCCACGUGCUCGCGUCCAAAGCUGCCAUCUACUGACUCCACAGUCAGCCGCCAGUCUCCGUCGCGAUGCGAGGCGAGAUGAAUCGCUGCACGCAAGCCGCCUUGCCCUAAUAGGGCCUGUGUACUAUGCCGUUCGGCAUCCACAAUGAUUCGUAUUGGUGCAUUCGUGCUUCGUGCGGCAACAUGCUCGGCAUUGGAAUCUUCGAAAAUCGAGCUGAGCAAGCCAAGGCUGUCUGAUCCUGGAUCGGUUGCGCGAAUCUCCCAGGUGGCAGAUUCGCGCUCUGAUUCGGAGAACCGACUCUCGACUCUGGCUUUUGCAACUUCCUCGAUCAGCCUACCUGCUCUGCCAUCGUACGAGUGCUCCAAGCGCAAGAUUUGGGAAGAGUCCAGUAUGGGCUCCUGGGCAGUCAAUGCGCCGCCAAUGUCAAGUUGGAAGAACGUCAUUAGUUGCAGAGCGUGACCAUCGUGAGAUUCUGUGAGUUGUAAAGCAUCAAGCUGAAGUCGACGGACGAAGUGCAAAUCCCCCAUCGUAUCUGUGAGACUUUCCAUCGAUCGAUUGGGCAUCGAUCCACUCUCAAUCUCGGUCAUCAACGUCCGAGCAGUGGCUUUGGACCCAGGUGCCUUCUCCACGAUAAUAAUACCAUCGGUGAAGAGGAAGAUAAUUCCGCUGGGACCAUCGCAUUUAUCGUAUCCGUAUGGCGGCAUAAGCUCCACAAAGUCAGCCGCGGUGACCAGACGCCCGGUAAUAUUGAUGUCGAUGGGCCAGCCGAGAGUACGUGAGCGUAGUCUUUCGACUAUUGCCGUAGCCUCACUGCCUUCGUUCUCGGCGCAAAUAUCUGAAAUCAUGUCGCGAGCUUUCAGUAAUGUCUUUAAUGCCGGGUGCUUGAUGGGCAUGUUCUUCACGAUGCUGUCGAUAUAAAGUUGGUAUCGUGGUAACCGCUGUAUGGGUUCGAUGAGCAAGGAGUUGAGCUUCUGCUCUCCGAUGUCUUGCAAUUCCAGCGCCAGUCCAUCUCCAUUCCGCAGGAUCGCCCGCAGUGUCGUGGUCACUUGCCUGUGAGCACCCAGGUAUUCUCUAUAUGCCUCUGAGAAUUUCGGGAACCACUCGCACAGACAUUGGGCGACGUCGCCCAGACCUUGGGCAUCGGGUAAAGGCUCAUCCGUAUUUGUCGCGUCAUCGACGGAGUUGUCAAUGUCUUCUGCAGAUGCGGAAUCCGUCUCGUUGAUGACGUUGCGCAGAUGGUCCAAAAAGGCCGAAUUGAGCUCCAGUAUGCGGUGGAGAGAGUCGGGAAACACUUCAGUCAGAGUCUGCUGGUGUCGAGCUUUGAGGUCUGCUCCAAUGUUACUGGCCAAACCUUGUAGGUCACCCAGACGAUUCACAUAAUUCUCCUCUGUCGCGAGUAGCUCGGCGAUCUGGGUACGAGAGUGCUCCUUCUGCGACUUCAAGAACGAGUUGGUCCUGCCGAUCGCAAUGGCCUUUGACGGCGCUCGCUUGAUUCUCGAUGUAGGCAGGAACGUGGGCUCCCCAAAAGUGGCGAUGAGGUCGGCAUAUCGUCCAUACUGCCGCUUGAGCAGUUCAUGAUCGCGGAGCUCCUCUGUGCCGUCUGCUGUGUCGGGUGGCUCCUUGAUCGUCCCCGGGGGCAGGACAACGUCCACGUCCAACCACGACAGACGCUGCUCACAGAAGGCA